AUGAUCAUAAGCGCCAUUUUUCUAAUUUUCAGUGCUUUUGCGCAAGAAUGCCCACUCGACUACAAUUACUGUAAAAUUCUGUGCGAGACUGACUACUGCAUAAGCAUCUGCGAGCGAGAGUACGACUUGUGCAAUGACAACUGUCCUUGUGAGAAAAACUGCCCCUUUGGCUGCGAAGGCUGCGACAACCCGAUCUGUCCUGCUGAGGAAUGCUCUGAUCCUUGCUACGGGCUCGAGAGCUGCGAGACAUUCUCUGAAGCUUUCCCCGCAAUUAUGCAAGAGAUACGUCAGCCAACUUUCGUUUUGAUAUUUCUGGGAGCUUUUGCUCGAGCAUGCCCUGACACUGAGCUUGGAGAAGAAUGCAAGGACAUAUCAUAUGUCACAUAUGCCGAGUUGAAUUUUCUCGCUGUCGACUUCUUUGCGAGAGCGAUUACUGUUUGA